AUGAAUGAGAAGAGCAACGAAUUUUACUCUCUCAAUGAUGAAGAGUCGCUUCAGCCGCGGUCUAAAAGUAAGGGCAAAGAUAGAGGAAAUGGCAACGGCAAAGGCAAGCAACGCAUGUCCAAUUUCUAUCUCGGAGACAAGUACGACGAGACGCUAGAAGAUCUAGAAGACAGUUUCUUCAAUGCGUCGACGUCCGCCAACAACAGGCACCACAGCACCACCACCAAUUCACCAUUACGACCAAUCGGCAGCGAAGAUUCCAUCCAGCAGCUCAAAACUCAUGCGGAGAAUUUCGUCAGCCAUCACUCCCAACGUCUCUCGGAGACAGCGACAACAACGACGCCGAACAAUAGCAGUCCCAGUGCUAGCACGACGACAAGCAGUGACAACAUAUCCAAUUUCUCCAAUGCAUGGGCGAAUGCCAAGGCGCAUAUGAAUUUGGGUGGCAGAAACAGCUUUGUUUCAGUUGAUUCAGAGGAUGGGGAAGGUAGGUUGCCACGGCCAGUCACCGCCCUAGGUGAAACGUCUAUUCUGGGCAAUUUGCUUGAUCUUUACGCUCAUAAAAUCGUUGGGCAGCGUGUGUUGGCAGAUGGUGCACCAGCAGAAGCAGAAGCAGAAGCAGCAGUAGCGCCACUUCCAUCACCACCACAGGGAAAUAUCUCAGGUAACGUGCCCAGGAAUGACAGCCCAGCCGCACCCGAACAGGUCAAGAUACCAAUGACAUCCCUUAAUCGCCAGAGCAACCAGGAAACAGUGAGGAGCACGCCUAGUCACUCAUCUAUUCCCGCCGUGCGUAGCAGGUCGAACAGCCUGCCGGACGAGACUGGCGUUGCUGCUUCCUAUCCACCCAGACCAUCCCCAGGCAGGGAUGCUAGACGCACAUCGCAGCCUCCCAGGCCGAGCUUUAACAUAAAUUUUCCUCUCACGCCUGUCGAUGAAAAUGUUCCUGCGAGGAAUAAACCUAACUUGAACAUAGAAGUGAACAGGAAUAGGAGCAUGGACUUGAGUAGAAAUAGGAGCAUGGAUAUUGAAAGAAACAGAAGCAGAAGCAACUCGGCUGAAAGCACCAAAUCUUACACCUCAGUCAAUCAUCUCCUCAAGUCUUUUCCAAAUCACUCAAAUUUUCACGGGGGCGCUGAAUACGACGAUGAUGACGAAGCCAGUCCUGAUGAUCUCGCCGAGAAUCAUCCUAUUAAGAAACUUAUAUCACCCAGAAUGAGUACCGAAAGCGGCCCAAGAGACACAUAUCCACUUCUCGGAGGAGAGAAAGAAGCUAACGACCCAAAACGUCCUUCUGAUCCGUUCGAAGAUGAAUUGGUUAAGAAGAUCUCAGAUUCAUUACAAAGACACGAUUUUCUGCUCAGAUUGGGCAAGGCGUUGAUGGAUUAUGGCGCACCUACACACCGCAUUGAGAGCCAACUCUACACUGCGGCUGAUUUUUUAAACGUAUCAGCAUCAUUCUUAUAUCUCCCCAAUAUCCUCAUGAUUACACUGUCAGAUUACGACACACAUACUUGCGAGCAAUUUUUUCUCAGAUCCACAGGAGGACUGGACCUAUCCAGGCUGAGCAAAGCACACAAAGUGUAUGUAGAAGUCAUAAAUAAAAAAAUCAAUACCGAGCAGGCAUUAUGGCGGUUGCACGAUAUAGCGGAGUGCGAAGACCAGUACACUGCACGGCAAACGGUUCUUAUUGGCGCUUUAGCCAGUGCUGCAGUAGCCCCAAUGGCAUUCAGCGCAAGUCUGGCAGACAUCCCAGUCGUCUUCUUUCUCGGAGGAUUUCUCACAUUUGUGAAAGUGAGCGGCGUGCUAAAGAGCGAGUCGUUUGGAUUCAUAUUGGAAAUAUCGUGUGCGUGUCUCAUAUCUAUGGCUGCACGCGGUCUAUUUACAACCGGCGUAUUCUGCUUCCAGUCCAUCGCAGCUAGCGCGAUUGUGUUGAUAUUACCCGGAUGGAUCAUAGCGUGCGGGGCGCUAGAGCUCGCCUCGCGCAAUAUAGUCUCAGGCUCUAUUCGCGUCGUUUACGCUCUAUGCUACUCUAUGUUCCUCGGAUUCGCGAUCAGCAUCGGCAGCGAUUUUAUCAGUGUUCUCGCAGUCCACGACAACAGCGACCAGCAUGAUCAGUUUGACACGGUCACUCUCAGCGGCACGUUCCUUCCUAACUCGUCUUUCUCAGAUAUCAACAACCCAAUCGAAGAGGGCAGCUUCACUUUCACUAAUACUUCAGCACCGACAUACCACGGAGAUGUUGUAUGUGUGCGUCACCCUGAUGCACCGUUCUAUCUCAAGACUAUGCCUAAGAUUUAUCUCCUCGUUUGCGCUCCUGUCUUCGCGGCGUUUUUGUCCAUGUACAACAAGGCUGACUGGCGCAAGUCUGAGAUGUGGAUUGGCGUAAUCAUUAGUUGCUCGGGCUAUGCUUCCAACGUCGCUACUACUAUGUUCGCCCCAAAUCGCUCAGAUAUUAUCAGCUCAGUGUCAUCUUUCACCGUCGGAUUUCUAGGUAAUUGUUAUUCCAGAUUGUUUAAGCGCUCGGCUUUUCCUGUCACUGUUACGGGCAUCCUCCUCUGUGUUCCCAACGGUAUAAGUGCUGCGGGCGGCAUUGCCAUGUCUAACCCUAGUCCUGACAAUGAAUCGUCCUUCAGUCGUGGUUUGGUUAUUGGAUUAAGAAUGUUCCAGGUCGCUGUCGGUAUCGUCGUUGGGUUGUUUUUGUCAACCAUUUUCGUUUACAACAUCGGUGCUAAAAGAGGCUUCCUCUUUAGCUUCUAG